AUGGCAACAAAUAUGAUGAACAAGUACGUACUUGUACUGUCUUGUCUGAUCUUUUUUGUAAUGACUGGUUCCUUAAACGCAAAACCUGCAGACAUAAAAGCAAUUUGCGGGAAAGCAAAAAACCCAUCCUUCUGCACAAACUACAUGAAAUCAAACCCAAAGACAUCAGGUGCUGAUAUCAAAACGCUUGCAACGAUCACAUUAGACUCUGCACAAACAAGCGCAUCAGGAGCUAUGAACAAGAUUACACCUUUUGCCGAAAAAGAACCUAAACGCCCUUCGAGGAGUGGAUACGUCUUGUGCGUGCAGAAUUACAGGAGUACAAUCAGAUAUCUCGGUGAAGCUAAGAAGAGCCUAGCGUCAGGAGAUAUCCGAGGGCAGAACAUCAAUGUUUCAGACGCUAUGAAAUCAUCUACAUACUGUCAAGAUGAAAUGUUGAAAAGUCAAAGGUGAUCCGUCGGUUGUGAAGGACGGUGGUGAUUUUCAGAAUAUUUGUAGCAUCGUUCUUGUCAUCUCCAAGACGAUGAUGUGAUAAAAAAAAAAG